AUGAUUGACGAUUAAAAAUAUAUUUGUUAAGAACACAAAAUAGAGGCAACUUUGAUUUGUUGUAUCUCUUAAUGGCAUUGUGAGCCUUUAUGUGUUGAAUGUAUACCAAAUCACACUAUGCAACACAAUAAGAAUAAAACUUAAUCAUAAAUAAAAAAAUAUUAGGAUGUUGCACAAGAAUGCUAAUAAAAAUUCAAUUAGUUUAAUAAUGAAUUAGAGAGUUUAAAAAAUCAAAUUAUUUAAGUUUAUAUCUUAUAUUAAUUAAUUAGGAAAUAAAUAAUCCAUAUGAGGAUGACAAUUUAAAGAAUCUUAAACUAUGGAAGGAUUAAUACCUUUCAUUUUUUGAAUCAUACUUUAAUAAUUUAAUAGCAGAUUACAAUUUGAAAUUAAAAUAAUUUAAGUAGAAUCAAACUGAUUAAUUUCAAAAAGUAAUUCAAAAUAUAGAAAAAUUAUCAAAUCAAUAUUAAACAUUAAAGAGUGAAUUGAAUAUAUAUACCUUAUCUAAAUAAAAAGAAUUAGAUUAACUGAAAGAUAAUUUUCAACAAAUAUAACAAUUAAAGAUCAAGCAAAACUACUCAUUAAAUCUUUUUGAGUAAUAACAAAUUAAAAAUAAGAUAAAUGAUCUCGUUUUAAUUGAAGAUAAUGACUAAAAGGAGUAAAUUUAAUAAAAGUAAGUUAAGAAGGAUUUUGUACCGUAAAAAAGUACUGUAUGUCCCUAAUGUGGCACAUAGAUGACUUAUGUAAGUGAUUUUAAGAAACACAUGGAAUGUCCAAAAUGCACUAAGAUCAAGAGGCCAAAUACUUUAAAAAAAUGA